AUGAAGGUCCUUAUCUUGCAAUGGAUGAUGCUAUUGCAUCUUACCAUGGCUCAAGAUCUUCAGCAAUAUCAGUCCUCGUGCUUUACGGGAAUACCAAUUGACUCAUCGAGACACAAACCAAAGUACAAGAUUGGAGUUUUGGCAAAUCGAGGCGUCGAAACUGCUUAUACAUCGUACAAUGCCACCUUUGCGGAAUACCUAUCGGCAACGGCUGGGAAACGCUUUGACCCGCCAAUUGAUUUCGAAAUGGUGGACGUCAGUUUUGUUUCCAUGUUCGAACAGAUUGAAGCAGGAGAUCUAGACUUCCUAUUUUCGAGCCCAAGCGUUUCCUCUUGCAUUGCGACACAGUUUGCCACCCAAUCACUCGCUUCACUCAUUGUGUCGACCGAAGUUGGCGUGCAGACCGUCAGCAUGUCUGAGUUUGGUGGUCUGAUUAUCACACAAGCAGGCAAUGAUAAUAUCAACACCAUCACAGACUUGAGGAACAAGACGAUUGCCGCCAUCUCCAUUGCUGGGUUUGGUUCUGGCCUGAUGCAGUUCUAUGAGAUGCAAAAGAAUGGUAUGUCAUUUGUUACCGACCCUGCUCAGCUUGUCUUCACCGGAAACCAGGAUGAUAUCGUUCGAGGAGUGCUGGAUGGUACCUUUGACGUUGGCUUCGUACGUACAGGAUUGAUUGAACGGACCAGAGACGAAGAAGGCAACCUAGUCGACUUUACCAAGAUCAAGAUUAUUGACAGCCGACAAGACAUGACAGCUUCGGGAACUGUCUUUCCAUACAAGCAUUCGACGCCACUCUAUCCCGAAUGGAACUUUGUUGCUACGAAAAAGACUCCGUUCGAGAUCAGCCAAGAAGUACAAGCAGCUCUUCUUUCAGUCAAGAGGCAAGGAGACACAGGGCUAAUGGUGGAAUCAUGCCUUGAAGGCAACAUCAACCCUGCAGAUCAUUGUAAUGAUCUUGCUGUGGUGGAUCCCCAAGCUUCUUGUGACACUACAAUGGAUACGGCGCUUGCGGCAGCCAAGGCUCUUUCUGAUGGGAGAUACGCUGGUUGGAGAACAACAUUAUCCUACGACGAUGUAAACGAGCUCCAUUUCGAUACGAAUAUCCUCAAGAGAGAUCCAGUCACUCGAGAUUGGAGGUGCUCUUCUUCUCCUGACUUGUAUGACAAAGUUGAAUGUCCAGUUGGAUUCUUCAAGUUGCCGAGAGACGAGUUUGAUUCAUCCUGUGAAGAUGCUGGACUUAUCUGCCCAGAAGGGUCCGAAUGCUUAUGCAAACCGUGCUUCGAGGCUUUCCCUGUCGAAGUUGCACCACAAGCCACAUAUAAGCCAGGAAAUGGAUGCAAGAAAAUGAGCAUAUGCGGAACCCUUGUCCAAAAUGAUGUUCUCAACUUCACAAUUGCAGACAAUCUUGAGCUUAGAGAACGCUUGAAUCUGCGGGUCGUUGCUCUCGAGGGGAAUAAUGAGCGUGAGAUUGAUGUGGUGCCGGGACAAAAGCCCAAUCAAUAUGUGCUACCUUUGACUUCCACUCGUGUCGGACUAAUGGUCCUUGAGAUCUUCAAUGGUGAAGAGCAAAUAGAUGAAUCUCCGCUCCGUGUGCAAGUGGUGUAUCAUACAUGCCCAACCAAGCAAACUCCCAACGAAGAUGGAACUUGCCGCUGUGAAGAUAGGACAUUUUCGAUGUUUGGGAGAUGUGUCGAAGGCCAACAUGUCAUGUGGGGUACUUUCAUUCCGAUCAUGACAAUCCUGGCCGUCUGCGUAUCGUGCUAUGUGAGAAAAAAGAGCAGGGAAGCCGACAGUUUGUGGUUGGUGAAGAGUUCUGAGCUGGAGCUUAGUGAUCCACCGAAAGUCAUUGGUGAAGGAAGAUUUGGAUUUGUCCUCCUUGCAAACUACAGAGGCUCAAAGGUUGCGGUUAAAAAGGUUCUUCCGACAAAGAGAAGGACUGGUUCGAGUGGUAGUACGUUUUGGGGCGGCUGGUCGAACAGUAGCGGUAGCAAGUCAAUUUCCAACUCGAAACGAGAUGAAAGUGGUGCUUUGGACACAUAUUUGGAUUUGGAAGAAGGAUCCGAUAGAAAGGUCAAACGUUCGAGCACCAGCUUAACCUCGGGCUCUGCAGAAUCAAAGUUAGUCGACUUCACGGACAGACCAGACACAGGAAAAAAAACUAGCGUUACAUUUUCAAUGGAAGUUCAAGAAGUAUCGAUUGAUUCAGAUGAGGAGAACAUCCUCACUGCAAGCUCAAUGGAGUCAAAGAGUCGCUUUAGAAGAAAGAGUGAAUUCGUUAAAGAAAUGAGGCUGUUGUCAAAGCUUCGUCAUCCCAACAUCACCACUGUUAUGGGCGCGGUCAUUGAAAAAGGAGUCGAACAGAUGAUGAUCAUGGAAUACAUGGAACACGGGUCGCUCCAGGAGGUACUUCUGAAUCCGUCAAUCAUGUUGGAAGCCGACCUAAUCCAUAGCAUACUGCAGGACAUUGCCCAAGGUGUUCGUUUCCUCCACGCUUCAAAGCCGCCAAUAGUCCACGGCGAUUUGAAAACUGGAAACAUUCUCAUCGACUCCAAAUUCCGGGCGAAGCUCUCCGACUUUGGAUUGUCUCACCGAAAUACUAAAAGUGCGACCGGUACACCGUUGUGGAUGGCCCCUGAACUUUUGACCGGUCGUUCAUUGAACACUCGCAAAUCUGACAUGUAUUCGGUUGGAAUAAUGAUGAAUGAGGUAUUCUCUCGACAGGAACCGUACAGCGAAGCAACAGAAUCAAACGAGGAUCUAAUCAACGCAAUUACGGAUAGCCGACAGAGCCGGCGCCCACUAAUUCCGACAAAAUGCCCAGUCAAGGCCAAGAAACUUGUUCAAUUUCUUUGGCACUCCGAUCCAGAGCUUCGACCCAGUGCGGAAGAGCUUGACAAUCGUCUGCAGGAGCUGGACGCUAGUGUCUUUGAAGCUGUUGCGUCCCGAUCGAAUCGUCGUUUGCUGGGUAGCCAGAAUCAAGCAGAGUCCAAGCACUUUCUGUAUCAGGCGUUUCCUCGACAUGUCGCCGAAGUCAUAGCCAAGGGAGGAAAAGUCGAGCCGGAAUCUCAUGACAGCGUUACUAUAUUCUUCUCCGACAUUGUUGGCUUCACCAAGAUUGCAUCCCAGUUUGAACCAUUGAAGGUUUCUCAGCUGCUUGAUCGAUUGUACCACAAGUUCGAUGAUCUAUCAAGAAAACAUGAGCUCUUCAAGAUUGAAACCAUCGGCGAUGCCUACAUGUGCGCUGGCAAUCUAGCCACCGACCAGUCUGGCGAUCAUGCGAAGCGCAUCGCUCUGUUUGCAAAAGAAGCCAUCACGGCAGCAUCUGAAACGCCGAUCGACGAAGAAGAUCCUUCACUUGGCUUUAUCAAGAUUCGAGUGGGAUUCCACUCUGGUCCCGUAGUGAGCAAUGUGGUUGGUAAUUUGAAUCCUCGGUACGGAGUCUUUGGAGACACUGUGAAUGUAGCAUCACGAAUGGAGAGUAGCUCUGAGGUGGAAAGGAUUCACUGCUCCAAAGCAAGCGCCAGGUUGCUGGUGAGACAAGCACCUGAAAUUCCCACAACCCUUCGAGGAUACACUGCACUUAAGGGGAAAGGAAAAAUGUCAACGUAUUGGGUGUUCUGA